GCUUUCAUCAGCACAGAAAAGCCUGACCCAGACAACAGAAAGACGUCCCAGCAGAGCACAAGGCAAAGGAAAUUUAAAUCAAAAUCCAAUAAUCUGAAAAUGGAUCCCAGUCAGUCUUUCAAUCAGCCUCCAGGGCCAUGGAAUUCAUCGGAGAAAUCAGGGAUGUUGAAUCCUUCGGCACCACCACCACCAUACCAGCCCAGUCCUGUUGGAUAUCCUCCCUCUUACCCAAGCCAGCCUUUCCCGCAAAGCCCCUACGCCCAGGGGCAGUAUCCAGGACAGCCCGUGGUUGCUGUACAGCCUACAGUUUUUGUGGCGACCACUCCUCUGUCUUGUCAAGUGCCAGAUUACCUGGCUUACUCUAUUUUUACCAUGCUGUGCUGCUGUUUUCCUCUGGGCAUUGCUGCACUUAUUUUUUCCUGUUCUACUCGAAAUGCCAUCUACGCAGGACAGCGAGAAUUAGCAGAGAAGAACUCCAAAACCGCACUCACCCUGAAUCAUGCUGCCCUUGGUAUUGGCCUUAUUUUAAUUGUACUGGUGAUUAUUGUCAAUAUUGUGUUGUGAGCCGAUAAAGCUAACGGAGCUGUCGUGCUCGAAUGUAGAUUACAAACGGAGUGCCUGCAUAUGCUAUUUGCUCAAUGCAUCAUUAUAUCUUGCAACUUACAACAUAUGCUGUAUAGGUUGAUUAUUAGACUUUUUUGCUAGUCUUGUGUACAGCUGUACUAAUGAGCUUUUAAAUACAUUUUACUACGUAAGCACAUGUAUUAACAUUAAAGAUAUUCACUGGCUUUAUCUUUCAAA